AUGCAGGCAGGUAGACACGUGAACUGCUGCCCUCCAGAUGCUCCAGCUGCUGUUUGUGCCCGCGGAACAGCUGCAGGAAUGGUUAUGCAGCAGCAGGAGGACCUCUCCCAUAGGGUGGCUCUCGCCGUUGGGGGCCCGGUGCAGCAAGGAGGUGCUGCUACAUCUGCGGGGGCUGCGGAGCAGCACAGAAACUCACAGCCGCAGCGGCAGUCCCAAAUGUUGCGACAGCAGAAGCCUGCUGCAGCAGCCAAAACGAACAAGGAGAAGGGCAUCAAGCGACGGCCUGAGCAGCAGGGGCCCCUGCAUGGGGCCUCUCGAGCAAUAUCCGGGGCGUCAGCUGCAGCAGCUUCUCCUGCAGCGCAAGGGCCCCCCUUGCACGUUGUUGGGGGCCCCGUCGCGCGCGCUGACGGGCCACCUCAGAAGCGGCAGGCUGUCGGGCGGAGGAGGGGAGAGACAGCAGCCGGGGUGCGGAGCAGCAGCAGCAACAGCAGCAGCAACAGCAGCAGAGGCAAGGCUGCAGGAGGUGGGGGCCCUCACAAAAGCUCCGUUGCUGCUAGGGGUUCUUCAGCAGGCGGGCCCCAAAGCAGCAGCUGCAGACCCAGCACCACCGCGAAGGCAUCACCGCCCCAGCCGAUGCAACAACAGGAGAAUGGAGGCUUGCAGGAGAGCUCAAGCGACAUCGAGGCAACUGAAAGUGGAGCUGCUGCUGCAGCGGUCGCUGCUGCGCGCUGCAGCAGCAGCAACAGCGGCGCAGAUGCUGCGGUGAGUGCGUUUGCUGCUGAGUGGCUGCGCGGCUGUCAGCAGCGGCUUGAAGAGACAAAGGGGAAGCCAAGAGAGGAUAAUGUUGCUGGCGCCAGCGGCAGCACGGGCCACCGCGGCCUCAGAGACACUCCUCCUCGUCAUUCGUCUUCUGCUGCUAGCUCAUUCAAUCCUCACGAAGAGCAGCAGCUGCAGCUGCAGAAGAUAAAAAAACAACUUAAACAGGAACUCAGGGCAUACAACGCGGCGUUCACAGCGCACUUUGGGCGGCAGCCCCUGAAGCAAGACAAGGAGCCCCUUAGGCCGGUGUACAUGCACUACCAGCGAAUUAAACAAAGGUUAGAGCAGCAUCUCCUAGUCGCAGCCGAGGAAAACAGGCCUUCUGAAGCAGCAACAAACCCUGCAGAGAGCAGCUCAGUGGCAACAGAAGUUUCUAGUUCAGCAGCAGCCACCACUCGGCGCAACACCACCGACAUCUGCUCUCCCCCUGCAGCGGCCUCUCCCACAGGGGCAGCGAAGCGGAUCAGGAGGCAGCGCAGCAGCGUGCGUUCUGUAGAGGCUCUCAGCCCCAAGGCAGCGCACCGGGGUGUGGCCCCCUCGUCGGCCCCAAAAUCACCGGGAAAGGCGAAGGAGAAGCAAACAUCCACCCGGCCUUCUGCCUUUGAGAUACAGCAGCAGCUGCAGCGUCGAAGGGAAGAAAUGGCGUUGCAGCUGCACCAGCUGCAGCGGGAACGCCGCCUGCUGGGUGAUAAACUCGCCGCUUACCACCUCCGCUUCAAACAGGAGCACGGCAGGCCUUUGCGGCUGAAGGCCGACAUUGCCCCUGUCCACGAAGAAUAUAAACUUUUCGUGGAAAUCACCAAACAGAUCGAUGGUCUCGCUUUUGCGUUACAGAAGCAGACAUUGUGA